CUCCAACCGCUAGUUUUGGCGGACGCCCUGCCAAAGUUCGUUGUCACCGUUGAUGAGAUCUCUCACCUGCAGGUUCAAAGAAAAAAAAAAAAGAUCUCUCACCUGUAAAACCAGACAGAGUUCGAAAGUUGAAGCUCCGAGGAUUUAUCUCACCAACCGUGACACUGAACGGCCUGUUAGAUCAAUUUCUCCGUCGAAGUUUGUCGUAAAAUCUCCGAUUCAGCAUUUCUUUCUAGCUCCGUUUGAUCUAUUUCUCUCUCAUUUUUAGCCUUGAAAGAAUGGCUGCUGCUUUUAACCAAGCAAAUGGAACCAAUCUUAUCCUUCGGUUUUGCAAUGGCUUUGCCUCUCAUGAGAAAUCUGAGAUAAUUUCACUUCGUUUUGCGAAAGAUGUUGCAUUGUUAAGAAAAGGGAUUUCUGGCUCUCACCAACAAAAAUCGUGUUUAAUCCGCGCAUCGGCUUCUCAUUCAUCAGCCCUCAACCCAAUUCUAUGUAAUACUGACAAUUCUGCAAGCAACACUUACCUUCAGAUGAAUCUGCUUUAAUUUUGGUUCGACAUGGAGAGUCUAUGUGGAAUGAGAAGAAUCUAUUCACUGGUUGUGUUGAUGUGCCACUGACCAACAGAGGUGUAGGAGAAGCAAUUGAAGCUGGUAACAGAAUUAGCAAUAUACCUAUUGAUAUUAUAUACACAUCAUCAUUGAUACGUUCUCAGAUGACCGCUAUGCUUGCCCUGACCCAACACCGCUGCAAGCAGGUGCCUGUAGUCAUGCAUAAUGAGAGUGAACAAGCCAGAAUAUGGAGUCAAAUUUAUAGUGAAGACACCAAGAGGCAAACCAUUCCAGUUGUUAAAGCAUGGCAGCUGAACGAACGAAUGUAUGGAGACCUACAGGGUCUUAACAAGCAGGAAACAGCUGAAAGAUUUGGGAAGGAGCAAGUCCAUAGGUGGCGUCGAAGUUAUGAUGUUCGUCCACCCAAUGGUGAGAGCUUGGAAAUGUGCUUGGGAAGAGCCGUUGCCUUCUUUAAAGAGAAAAUUGAACCCCAACUACUGACUGGAAAGCAUGUCAUGGUUGUUGCCCAUGCAAAUUCGCUGAGGUCAAUAAUUAUGUAUCUUGACAAAUUAACUUCUCAGGAGGUUAUUAACUUAGAACUGUCCACUGGGGUGCCAAUGCUCUACAUAUAUAAAGAGGGGAAUUUCAUCAGGAGGGGAAGUCCAGUAGGACCUACAGAAGCUGAUGUUUAUGCUUAUACCAUGAGUUUGGCCCUUUAUAGACAAAAAUUAGACGAAAUCCCACACUAAAGUAUUUGGAAAGAGGGAUUCACUAUUACUGACAGGUUUCAUCCAUGUUUGUUCCUUCUCUGGGACUAUAAAGUAAAGAUGAAACUCUUGUUCUGAAGCAAGUUCUUGCAAUACCACAAGGCACAGUCUACACUGGUGGAACAGCAAAGCCUGGUCCAUCUUCACUGUGCUUCAUGUGAAUUGAUCAACAAAUUUUUUUGGGUGCUCACUGCUCAAUGCUAAGUUUCGUUACCCGGAAUCAAUUACAUGUAAAUGUCAUGGUUAAUUCAAGAAGUUGAGUUUCGUUUUUUGUAGCAAAUACAAUCACCUUCUCAUACUUGAUGGUCCUAUGUUGAAGAUUAAAUUGUUUCAGUUAUAUGGGAUGUUGGAUUCACUAUUUCAGAAUUAAGAUGCCACUAUGACAUAUGUAUGAAGAGCAUUUCAAUAAAUCAGAGAAU